AUCCCUCUUACAAGUUCCACCGAUCGAAGCCAUUCCGCAGCCUCGUGCGAGAUAUCCCACGCAACAAUGCAACUUUCACUGGGAGAAUACAUCUUCCGCCGGCUUCGCGAGCUUGGAGUCCGCAACAUCUUCGGGGUUCCGGGAGACUUCAAUCUUAAUCUUCUGGACUGGAUUGAUCAUGUGGAGGGCAUGAAAUGGGUGGGAACCUGCAAUGAACUAAACGCUGCAUACGCUGCCGAUGGCUAUGCCCGUUGCAGAGAACUGCCGGGCGUUGUUAUCACAACGUACGGGGUUGGGGAGCUGUCGGCGAUCAACGGCAUCGGAGGCGCAUACGCCGAGUCUGUCCCCAUCAUUCACAUCGUCGGCAUGACUGCACGUGCGGCGCAGAAGGCACGACUCAUGAUCCACCAUACGCUCGGCGAGGGUCUUGAUCACGCAAUCUACCAAUCGGUCUCCAAGCCUCUGUCUGCUGCGACAGAGUUCCUGUGGGAGGAAGGCUCGUUCACGCAGCAAGUCGAUCGGGUUAUUGAGGCCAGCUUCAAGACGAAGCUUCCCGUCUAUCUCUACAUUCCCAUCGACACUCCGGACAUUCUGAUUGAUGGCAGUCGACUGGACAAGCCACUCGACCUGACAAUCUCAAAUCCAGGCCGCGAGUCUGAGGAGCAGGAGGUUGUCGAUCAGAUUAUCAGUGCGAUCGAGAAGGCGGAGAAACCGUGCUUCCUGGUCGACCUGUACACUCAGAGAUUCGGUGUGACCAAAGAUCUCCGCGAGAUUGUAGAAUCCACUCAGAUACCAGCUUUCACGACGCCGCUCGGCAAAUCCGCCAUCGACGAAACCAGCGCAAACUUCGGUGGAACGUACAUUGGGGCUUUCACCCACCUCCCUUCCGUCAGAGAAGCCAUCGAAGGCGCAGACCUUGUCAUCCAUGUCGGCACGUUCCCAGCGGAUUCGAACUCUGGCGGAUUCAGCCAGAACCUCGCCUCAAAAGGCACCCUCGCCAAAUUGCACGCUCAUUACGUCUCUCUGGGCGACAAGAAAUGGGAAGGCUUGAACUUCGCACCGGUGGUCAAGAAGCUCCGUCAGAGACUGCAGUCACAGAAGCUGACGGUGAAGAACCCGACCUGGUUUAAACAUGAUGCCGAGCAACUGCGCAAGCUUCCCCAAGGCCUGAGCGGGCCUUUGAAACAGAAAUACCUCUGGCAAUGCUUCAACACCUUCCUCAAGCCCGAUGACUUUGUCAUUGGCGAGGUUGGAACGUCACAAUUCGGGACCGCAGCGAUUCUGUCCCUGCCCAAGAACGGCGGCUACUACACUCAAAUCUUUUACAGCUGCAUUGGUUUCACCGUUGGCGCCACCCUAGGAACGCUCGUUGCUCGAAGAGAGUUGGGACACACUGGUCGGACAAUCCUGUUUGUCGGAGAUGGCAGUCUGCAGAUGACUGUACAGGACAUAAGCACCAUGAUCCGCAACGGCUUCGCUCCGACCAUCGUCAUCCUCAACAACGACGGCUAUACUGUGGAGCGAGUGAUUCACGGCCCAGCGCGCGGGUACAACGACAUCGCACGCUGGGACUACUCAAGCCUCCUCAAAUUCUUCGGCGCCUCCAAGGAGUCCAAACACCACCUCGCAAAGACGUACGAGGAAUUGCUGUCUGUUCUUUCCGACUCAGAGUUCCAAGCAAGCAAGCACCCGCAAGUUCUCGAGGUCGUGCUGGACAAGUAUGACUCGCCGCAGGCUAUGAGUAAUCUCGUCGACACCGUUCUGGGCAAGGGCAAGGCUGCCAUGCAGCAGGAUGAUCAGAAGAACAAUCGCUCGCGCAAGGUUCUUGACGGCACGCUGACUGAGAGUGGAUUGUCGACGGCUUGAUGAUAGAGUCAUGCCCGGCUCAAGCCCAUCCGCAUAGCUUGCGCUUACAAGGAAGAUGCCCGGUACCUGUAUAUAAACCGAGCAACCACUCCAGCGUCUUUGCCCAAUGUCAUUGCUGUCG